AUGGCAACCUAUCAACAGCUUCAGCCAAGGUACAUUUGGCUUCUCGAGUUUCUCGAUGAUACAGACAAUCAAAUCGCAUUGACCAAUGCUGGCCUGGAUCACGCUCCAAAUUACGUAGCACGUUCAUAUACAUGGGGCAAAGCCAGCUACCAGAAAGACUGGCCGCCCAAGGAGGUAUACGAAAUCACGCUGGACGGCAAGAUGGGGCGGACAUGGCAGAUCCUCCACGACGCCUUGCGGCACUUAGCACAGCAUAUAUGGAGGCCAAGCCGCAAGUUUUGGGCCGACUUCGUCUGCAUAGACCAGUAG